CCGCUGGCCCUGAAAGCUGCACCUCGAGACAGCCUCGACUCUUGGUGGCAGCCUUGUUGGCAUUCCCGAGUCAAACCGCCACUUACUGCCUGACUAGUCCGUUCCAGGUUUCUAACCCUGGCGACGGCAAAUUCGGCAGCGCGCAACCUGCAGUUUUCAUUCCAACGAAAAAGAACGACGCCCAACCACCGGUCUCGCUCGGCAAGGCGCCUUUGCUGCCUGCAACCUCCCGCCCCCCUAAGAGCCAGAGCCUUGUCCCUUAUUGUACGACCAGGACCAUGGCUCCCGGCGAGCACAACCCUGCGGCUAGGUCUGGCUUGCCCUCUUCCAGCAGCCUUCCCAGUUCCGUCGAGCAGCUCGCUGAGGACCUGAGCCUCCAAAAAGCUGUUCUGGACUCUCUCCUGGAUCUUCCCCAGUCGGCCUCUACGAGAGAGGACAUCGCCGCCGUCAAGGCCGAAAUUGCAAACAUCAAGCGCCAGCUUGCUAAAGCUCGCAGCACAGGCCAGGGAACGAGUGCGAGGAUGGACUCCACAGACCAGGCCGAUCAACGGACCCCCGGCACAUCGACAUCAUCGACUACUGGGCUUUCGGACUCUGUGUUUUCAAGCCCGGCCUGGGGUUCUGGGCCAAGCUCGGGAACCUCGUCGCGGAAGCGUUCCAUCGGGAGCUCACAUCUCGGCGUCGAUUCAUCCGGUUCGAGUGUUGUUAAAUCGAGAAGGACUUCUCCGAGUCCGGGCACCAAGACAUCCGUGUUCGAUUCUGAAGAGUUCGAUCAAGACGACACUGCCGAGGUGAUUGACCUCACUGGAGACGAUGACGAGUGGCGGGCAAUCAUCCAGCAACAAAAGGAAGAAGAGGAACGCUCGCGUCGGCGAAAAGCGGAAGCGGACAGAGAUGCUGCCUUCGCCAGGCAGCUCUCCGGGCGGGCAUCGCCGGGCCCGAGUGUGCCCGGUUUCCCAGGGUCCAUAGUGGUCGGUCCGGAUAACACUUCCGAGCGCGCUGCAGACGCGGCCUCCUCCUCCAUCUACCCUAUAGGAUAUCAAACCGACCGACUUGGGCCAAACCUGCCGUCGAGACCUCAUGCUUCCGCUGGGAGCCAACAGGGGUCGUCCGCGUUCGGGAGCGCUGGUGGGUACUCCCCUGGUUUCUCUACCAGCAUGUCUGAGCGGACAGAGACCCCCUAUCCAAUGCCUGGUGCGUGGGUAGAUGAUUCCGCUAGCGGGAGCGAAGGAUCCAGCUUUGGAAGACUCCCCCAAUCCCUGGAUACCCCUUCUCGACCGUCCCGGCCUUCGCUGCCUUCGCUUGCAUCCGCAGUCGGCAACCCAGCCCUCACCGCCCCAACGCUCCCGUCCAUAUUGCGGGCCUCUACGCUUCCAGGAACCGCUCAGUACACCCAUAACCUCCCUGCCAUCGAGCUAGCGCGACAGUCUUCGAUGGCCGGGCAGGGAGCCACCCCCGCUUGGCCGCCUAUCGGCCCCAUCGGAAACCGUCUAGGACUCGACAGGCCUGCAUUGGGGAAUACCGGAGGAUAUCAUCCUCAGCCCCGGCCCGCACCGUCCCCGUUUUCUUCGACUCUUGCCGCGACUAUCCACCGGGUCAGCAAUUUUGACUUCACCACUAUGAUGGAUGCGGAUGGAAAUCCGUUCAGCGAGCGCCUCGUCAACUUUCUCGACGACUACGUGAAUGAUCCCCGGAAGACAGAGGAAGACAUUACUCAGCUCUUGUCUAAUAUCCGUCCCGAUAUGGAGAUCCCCGAGGAGGAGCGUGGCGAAACACCCGAAGCCAUGAGAUAUCCUCUCUAUGCCCACCAGCAGCUUGCACUCAAGUGGAUGACGGACAUGGAAGAAGGGACGAACAAGGGCGGCAUCUUGGCAGACGACAUGGGGCUCGGCAAGACCAUCUCCACCCUGGCGUUGAUGGUCUCGCGCCCGUCUUCUGAUAGGAACAUCAAGACAAACCUGAUCGUCGGACCAGUUGCCCUUAUUAAGCAGUGGGAACAAGAAGUGAGGACGAAACUCAAGGCGGCGCACAAGCUGAGCGUUCUCCUUCUUCACCAGAAAAAGAAACCUUACUCGGAGAUCAAGAAAUACGACGUUGUUCUCACCACGUAUGGGUCGCUGGCCUCCGAGUGGCGCCGAUACAUUGUGCAUGUUCAGCCACGCAAGGAGUCGCCCCAGUACGAUGAGGAGGGCGACACGGAGCUUGCCAAGCUAUGUCCGUUGCUUCAUGCCCGAAGCAAGUUCUACCGCGUCAUUCUAGACGAGGCUCAAUGCAUCAAGAACAGAAACACGCAGGGCUCUCUGGCAGCCCACAAGAUCAGCGCUACCUAUCGAUGGUGCCUUACCGGCACUCCGAUGAUGAAUGGCGUGUCGGAACUGUACCCGUUGGUCCGUUUCCUGAAAAUCAGGCCGUACUGUGAAUUCAAGGUGUUUCAAAGGGAUUUCAGAAAUCUAAGUGCGAAGGGUCCAACUUCAGACUUCACCCGGGACAAAGCCAUGCGGAAACUCCAGGCAGUGCUCAAGGCUAUAAUGUUAAGACGGACGAAGAGCUCGACGAUUGACGGCAAGCCGAUCUUGACGCUGCCGGAGAAGACACAGAACGAUGAAUAUGUCACCUUCAACGAGGACGAGCGGCAGUUCUACCACGAUAUCGAGUCGAGGUCCAAGAUCGUGUUCAACCGCUACCUCCGCGCGGGGACUGUGGGCAAAAAUUACUCUGACAUCCUUGUACUCCUCUUGCGACUUCGCCAGGCUUGCUGUCACCCUCACUUGAUGGAAUUCGAGAGCGCGGGCAACUCUGCUCCAGACAGCAACCAGAUGCUGGACCUGGCCAAGAAGCUGGAUGCCGCCGUGGUGGAGCGGGUCAAGGGGAUUGACGCGUUCGAGUGCUGCAUCUGCUUCGACGCCGUCGCGGACCCGGUCCUUAUCUUCCCGUGCGGCCACGACACGUGCCCGGAGUGUUUCACCUCGCUCACGGAGGACUCUGCGCAGAGCAACAUCAGGUUUGGGGAAGAGAAUGGCGCAGCCAAAUGCCCGGUGUGCCGCGGCCCCGUCGAGCCCACUAAGGUUAUCAACCUCACGGCCUUCCGGAAGGUCCAUGCACCUGACGCACUUGGGCCAGAUGAUGCCGAGUCGUCGGCCGAACUGACCGACUCGGACGACUCGGACGACUCGGAUACCUCUUCUUUUGACGAUGAAAACGAUUCCGACGUGGACUCCUUCGGCAAUCUCGCAGGCUUUGUUGUUCCGGAUGGCGAGGUCGAAGACGUGGAUGACGACGACCUGAUCGACGCUGAGCUGGAUGCUGCUAUCAGGACCAAAAAUGGGAAGGAGCCCGCCGUGACUACGAAGGCGAAAAAGUUGGGCAAGAAAAAGGCCAAGAAAAGCAAGGCCGAUGGAGAAAGCAGAAGCAAGUCCAAGAAGAGCGAGCAGAUUACGCCCCAGGUGCUCAAGAAGCUCCGCAUGGAUGCCAACAAGAACAAGGAUGCCCGGCGCCGCUAUAUGCACUACCUGCGCGACAACUGGGAGGACUCGGCCAAGCUGACACAGAUCGUCGACCUGCUCCGGCAGAUCCAGGAAACAGGCGAGAAGACAAUCAUCUUCUCCCAGUGGACCAGCUUGCUCGACCUGGUCGAGGUGCAGGUCAAGUACACGCUCCGGCUGCGCUACCGCCGCUACACGGGCGGCAUGUCGCGCAACCAGCGCGACGAGGCCGUGCGCGACUUCAGCGAGAACCCGGCCACGCGGGUGAUGCUCGUGUCGCUGCGCGCCGGCAACGCGGGGCUCAACCUGACCGCCGCCUCGCGCGUCAUCAUCUGCGACCCGUUCUGGAACCCGUACAUCGAGAUGCAGGCCGUCGACCGCGCCCACCGCAUCGGCCAGGCCCGCGAGGUCCGCGUCCACCGCGUCCUCGUCGGCGGCACCGUCGAGGACCGCAUCGUCGAGCUGCAGGAGAGCAAGCGCCGCCUCGUCGACGCCGCCCUCGACGAGGGCCAGAGCAAGAGCCUCGGCCGCCUCAGCGAGCAGGAGCUGGCCUACCUGUUCGGCGUGAGUCCCCCGCCGCCGGCGCAGGAGGACGCUGCUGCUGGUUCCGCCGCCAAUGCCGCUGCUGGUUCCACUGCCGGUGCCACUGCUGGUAGGGCGGGCCGUUCGUGAGCGAGUGUUAGUGAAGGGUAGUACGUCCGUGUUCGAAUUUUUUCUUUUUUUCUCCCUUU